AUGGGGCGCACCAAGGGCAAAGUGCUGGCCCCCUGGCCUGCCCAGCAGUUGUCCAGCGCUGGGGACGAGGGGCAGGCUGCUGCCCUGUCCCCCCAGUGCUGCAGCCUGUGCAGGCGACAUGUGGACACUGAGGAGGAGGAUCACAUAGCUGGCAGCUGCUCCGCGGGCUGCUCCGACCUCGUGCUGCACACAGACUGCGUGGUGUCCCACCUGGAGCGCUCCCUCAAGACCAGCAAAGGCAUUAACACCUCCCAGCGCUCGCUGGAUGCCAUCCUGGUGAGACGGGCUGCUCACAAGGUGUGCAAGGCCCUUUGCACUUCUCAGACGGCGCUGAGCUAUGAGGCUGUGCUUCGCGCCUGCGCCCCAUGCCCUCUGCCGUUGGCCCCACAGAUCAAGAUCCGGCAGCGCCCCCACCAGAUGCUGGCCCACAACGGCCGCGCGCUGCGCGUGGCGCAGCGCUGCCCCGCGUGCCAGGGUGAGGCGGGGUGUAGGGCGCCGGGAGCUGCCCCUGGUGCAUGGCAUGCCUGCUCCGUGCCCCACCCGCUGUGUGCGCUGGGCCGCUGGCCUGUGAUGGCAGCAGCGAUUGCUUGCAGGCAGCGCCGCAACUUCCCACUUCGGUGCAAGCUGUUUGCUAUCCACCUUACGCUGUACUUUCCACCUCCCUGCUUUCCACCUGGCGGCGCAGAGGGUUUCAUGGAGGAGGCUGAGGCGGUGAAGCCGGUGCGGAAGUUGGCUGCCGCACCGCCACCGCCGCAGCCGGCGCGCGGGCCCAGGCCGCUGCGCGGUGUGUCGGAGCAGGAGCAGCGGGAGCCUUCGGCGGCGGCGACGCCUCGCGCGGCGGCUGGCGGGGCGGCCGCCAAGCUGGCGAGCAACAGGUUUGCGGAGGCGGUGGCGCGGCAGCAGGCGGCCUAUGCGGCCGUCAGGCAGCAGGGCAGCUGGGGUGAGGUGAGGCCCAGGGCGGACGAUGACAGGGCCGAUGACGGCUGGCGGCGCGACCGCGACAACGGCCGCAGCCCCAGGGGCGGCCACGGCGGCCCCCUGCGCUCGCAGCAGGCGCAGGCGCCGCACCAGCAGCGAGCGCCCGCCGGCGCCUGGCCCCUGCCGGGGCAGGAGCCCGGCUGGCAGGAGCCGGGUGGCGCCGACGAGGCCGCCGCCGCCUCGGAGCUGGCAGCCGCGGAGCAGCGGGCGGCGGAGCGGGCGGCUCGGCUGCAGGCCGAGGCGGUGGCGCGCCGGGAGGCGGCGCUGCAGCUGUCUGGCGACGCUCUGGACCUCAUGAGAGAGCACAGGCGGCGUGCAUGCGCAGAGGCGCUGGCCGACAUGGGCUUUGAUGCCGACGCGGCGGCGGCGGCGGCCGCGGCGGCCGGCGGCAGCGCCGAGCUGGCGGCCGAGCUGCUGAUGGGCGGCACGCUGGCGGUGCACGACAGCGGGCCUGUCGACGUGACCAGGCGAGCCAGCCGGCUGCAGGAGGCUCGGGAGCUGCUGGAGGAGGGGGCCGCUCAGGGCCUGAACCCCAUGCAGGUGGAGGCUGCGCUGAUGGAGGCAGAUGGUGACUGGGAGCUGGCCAGGCGCAGCCUGCCGGCCAGGGCAGUAGCGCCGGAACCGGCCUGUACGGCUGACGGCGGCGGCGUUGACUAUUGGCAGGACCAGCCCGCUACACCCUGGGGCAACGAGGAGGAGGAGGAGGGAGAAGAUGAGGAGGAUGCUGGGUCUGCUGUGCCCAGCAAUGGUGAGGCAGGCUGGCAGGCUGCCGGCCGCGGCGGCGGCGGCGUCUCCGCGCCGCCGCGCCAGGCGCGCCGCGGGGGCCUGCGCCGCCAGCAGCAGCAGCCGCGGGCGCCCGUCAGCCAGGAGGAGGACAAGUAUGGGUGGGGGCCAGGCCCAGAGGACGCCCAGCAGAAUUUUUGCGAGGAUGGCUGGGAGCAGGACGGCACAGAGCAGGGCAGCACAGAGGGCGAGUCCCAGAGCACCGAGGGGUCUGAGGGAUCCGACAGCGAGGGAUCCGACAGCGGGGGAUCCGACAGCGGCUGGGCAGGCCAGGACAGCGGGGACAGCGCCACCACCACCGCCGCCACAGCCUCCACCCCGCCUCAUCACGGCGCAGGGCCAGUGCCCUCCCACGGAGGCCAGCCAGGCAACCCGCAGGUCGGGGGCUGGGCGCCGCCGGGGCAGUACGGCGGCAGGCCCGAGCAGCCGCAAAAGGGGGCUUGGGCGCAGCAGGCGGAGCAGCAGCCUCAGCAUGUGUACCACCAGCCUGUGUACAGCCAGCAGCCUCUGUACCGCCAGCCUGUGUACAGCCAGCAGCCUCUGUACAGCCAGCCUAUGCACCACCAGCCUGUGUAUCGCCAGCCUGUGUACAGCCAGCCUGGGGGCGGCUGGCCUCAGCAGCCGGCAGCACAGGCGGGCGGCAGGGUGGUCCAGCCGCCUGAGCUGCAGCUGCAGGCGUCUGCUGAGGAGGAGGUGGGGUAUCUGAUGGAUGUGCUGGGCAUUGCCUGA